AGCUCUUUUUUCCCCUGUGUUCUAAAAUUUUAGCUAGCUAGGAGUAUAAUCUUUUUUACCCAUCUAACUGUAAAGUGUUGAUCUUUUUCUCUUUCUUUUUUGUUCCUUUUGUUGCUCUUUUGAUAUAAUUGUAUAAAUUGAGUAAUUUUCCUAGUGAUCCCACGUUUUGGGUACCUGUAAAUGUGUCUUAGUAAUUUAUCCGUGUAAUUUAGCUGUAAUGCGGGGUAUAAUUUCUUUUACUGCUGCUAUUUUAAUUUAUAUGUUCAUAAUUGUAUACUAUUUCCUCAUAAGUCAUAGCAUGAUUGAUAAUGAAUUUUCCUUCUGCUAUCCUUUGGGUAUCUAAUUUAAGUCUUUAAUUACUUGCUUAAUUGGGUUCACAAUUUGUUUGUUGGGUAGUAGACAUGUCAGAAAGGAGAAGAUUUUAUACUAUUGUCUCCUCUUAAAUUUGUUGAGAAAUGUUUUGUUAUAGCUGCUAAUUAGAUAUCUUCUAUCCUUUUUUUAAUGUUGCUCAGAAGUUUACCAGAUUUAAGUCUUCCAUUGCUCGCAUUUUUUGUCAUAUCAUCUUAAUUGGGUUCAUCAUUUGCAAGUUAGAUAGCAGAUAGUCAAAUUGGAGAACAUUUUAGAGCUGUAUUUGGUUGGUGAAGAAGAAUUAUAGUUCAAUAGUUUGCUACUAUUUCUUAGGUUGUUUGGAUGAAAAUUUUCUUCCAACUUUUUGCAUAAGAGAGCUACUUGGAUCCCCGCCAGCAAGAGCCGGUGCAUCCAAUGGUGCCUUCUCGGGUGGCUGGAGAGGUGGAACACUCAUCUUCAAGUUCUGGUAUCUUUUACCAAGGAGAUCAGCAGUCUCAAGUUGCGGGUAAUUCACGCACGUGGUCAUCUCUCGAGGAUGAAUCAAAUUGUUUACCUGGAAAUGUGCAGUCAAGCAUGGGUCCUGUUUCUGGGGAUGUUAGUAAUACAGUUUUGAAUAGUGUGGAAAGCUCAGGUCCAAGUUUUGGCACGAGUUCUUUGGUUACAGAUGCCAAUUCAGGACUUUCAGGAGGUCCUCGGUUUCAGAGAAGUGCCAGCAUUAGUGCAGAGUCCUACAUACGGUUGCCUGCAUCACCUAUGUCGUUUUCCUCCAAUAAUAUUAGCAUCUCUGGUUCAUCAGGCAUGUAUGGAUCCUCUGUAGUUCAGCAAAAGUCUAAUCAAGAACCAAGAGUUCCUGAAUCUUUCCGUCAAGAUCAUGUUGCUCUGUCCCAUAUGCAAAAGAAACCGCGUUUAGACAUCAAACAGGAUGAUAUACAGCAGCAAGUUCUGCAACAGUUAUUGCAGAGAAAGGACCCUUUGCACCUGCAGAACCCCAGCCCUCAGUUACAAGCCUUGAUCCAGCAGCAGGGGUUAAGGCAACAGCAGCAACAGCUGUUGCACUCAAUUUCACCAAUCGAGCGCGCCCAGCUAUUUCAGCAGCAGCAACAGCUGCAGUUAAGGCAACAACUUCAACAACAAGCAGUGCAGCCUGUAUCAGCCAUGAAACAUCCCUCCGAUAGUGUCUUGUGCUCUCGGCGGUUAAUGCAGUACCUGUACCAUCAGAGACAACGACCUCCUGAUAACUCAAUUGCCUAUUGGAGAAAGUUUGUAGCUGAAUAUUAUUCCCCACGUGCAAAGAAGAGAUGGUGCUUGUCGUUGUAUGAUAACAUUGGGCAUCCUUUGCUUGGUGCAUUACCACAAGCUAACGCGGAUGAAUGGCAUUGUGAUAUUUGCAGUUCAAAAUCUGGAAGAGGAUUUGAGGCAACUUUUGAAGCACUUCCGAGGCUGAAUGAAAUCAAAUUUGGCAGUGGUGUUAUUGAUGAACUAUUAUUUUUGGAUUUCCCACGUGAAUGUAGAUUCCCUUCAGGACUAAUGAAGCUGGAAUGCGCGAAAGCAGUUCAGGAAACUGUAUAUGAACAACUUCGUGUGGUGCAGGAGGGCCAACUUCGAAUUAUUUUCAGUUCUGAUUUAAAGAUAUUGUCAUGGGAAUUCUGUGCACGGCAUCAUGAAGAGCUUCUUCCUCGAAGAUUAGUUGCACCACAGGUAAAUCAGUUACUGCAGGUUGCUCAGAAAUGCCUGACUACAUUAACUGAAAGUGGAUAUAAUGGAGUUUCUCAUCAGGACAUCCAAGCAAACAGCAAUAUGGUCGUCUCAGCCGGACGUCAGCUUGCCAGGAGUUUGGAGAUGCAGUCCCUUAAUGAUUUGGGAUUCUCCAAAAGGCAUAUGAGGUGCUUACAGAUAGCUGAGGCUGUGAACAGCAUGAAGGACUUAAUGGACUUUUGCAGAGAUCAUAAAGUUGGGCCAUUUGAGGGCUUAAAGAACUUCCCACGGCAUGUUACUGCAGCUAAGCGUCAGGUGCUAACUGAUCACAGUGCACUGAGCAAGCUUAUGGCAUUGCAUCCGGGGCUUAAUGGCCAGAUAGACAAUAAUCAGCACAUGGAUGGUCGGAGAACUUUAAGUGGCUCCGCACAAGCUGCUCCUGCACUGACAAACUACCAGAAUAUGCUUAUGCGGCAGAACUCGAUGAAUUCAAACCCAAUGGCAGUUCGACAAGAGGCUGCUUCUUUCAGUAAUUCAAAUCACUCUCGAUCUACAUUGUUGCAAGGGUUAAAUGGUGUAUUGCAAGGAAUCUUGUCGAACUUACCUGUUACUGGCCUGUCAAGCAGCAAUGUGCAGCAACAACUGCAACCACAACAGCGAUUACUGAAUAGUAAUGGCUUACAGCAACUCCAGCAAAAUCAUCCUCAAUCCUCCCGCGGUAGUCAGGCCUUGCACCAGCAAAUGAUGCAGCGAUUCCUCCAGGAUAUGAAUACUAAUAGCAGUGGAGCUGCGCAGAGGUCAGAUGGUAAUGCUUCUAGGGAAGGACUUGGUUUUGGAAACAAUAGUUGUGCAACCACUACAAAUGAGUCAAGCGCUAUAGGACCCACCCCCUGCAGAAGUAACAGUUUCAAAGCGGCUUCUAGUCGUGAAUCAUCUGUUGGUGCUGGCAACUGUAGUUUCAGCGAGAAAGCUCCAGAUUUUCGCCCGAGUGUUCAUCAAUCAGAUGAAGUGGUUCCAGAUAUAACACAGGAGUUCACUGAAAAUGGUUUUUUUAGUGAUCUUGACAACAUGAAUUAUGGAUGGAACGAGUGACUAACAUGUUUUGCUCCUUUGGCUUUUUAUAAGAUAAGAAUACUGCCAUACAUCUUUGUACAGGCUGUUGGGAUUAGAGUUUUGUUUUGUUCUGGAUCCCCUCUAUUUUCUGGUCGUGGGGGCUGUUGUAAUGGACUGGAAUACAUAUUAACUGGGUUUUAAAAUUCGCUGUAAAAUCUUUUGCUCGUUGUUGGGUGAAUCCAUGCAUUAAUAGUUAUUCUGAUGUAAGACUUAAAUGACAAGUGAAAUCUGAAAAGUCAAUGCCCACAAAAUCAAGAAUACAUUUCUUGGUGAAGCUAUUCGUCAA